AUGUGUACAUGUGUAGAACAUGUUACUUCCGGGAACUCUCAUUUUUUUAUUGCAGAGGGGACUGGAAACUGGAUCUGGAUUGUAGGGGAUAGCCUGGUCAGAAGAGCAAAAGAACGAGCUUCACAACGCAACUAUCAGCAAUUUGGAGAGCGAGGUAUCGUGGUCCGCUGGCAUGGGCAAGGCGGCACCAUGCUCCAGGAUCUCCCCAGGAUGGUCUCUAACCGGCUGAGAUGCGGCACUCCUCCUGCAUUAGCUAUUGUCCACUUAGGAUCAAAUGACAUCGGACAGUAUGAUGUCUGCCGGUGCAGGAUGGCAAUUGACACAGCCAUCCAAGAUCUACGCACGAGAAUGCCGCACACCCAUAUCACCUGGUCUGGUAUUUUACCGCGGCUCUUCUACUAUGGUCGCAAGCAAGGCUCUAAUUCACAGGAGGCCUUGGAUGGAGUUCGUAAGUCUCUUAACAAAUACGCUAGGAGGAAACUAGCCAGGAUGUCGGAUACCACCAUCAUCAAACAUGAAUUUGACCCCACAAUCCACAGCCUCUUCAAUAGAGAUAGAGUGCACCUCUCUGAUUCGGGUUCAGACAUUCUCAUUGACAGUUUCAGAACUGCAGCAAGGGAAGCAGGAUUUGUUUAUAUAUGGAGAGGAGACGAGCUUGAGAAACAUUUUGAGAACUCGAGGCUUCUGGCAAGAUUUUUUUUCUUUUGUAAUGUAUCUUAGUGUUAUUACGUUUAUUGUUUCUAGUCGUUUAUGUACAUACUUCAUUUUACGGGCUUUGUGAAGGGCACCGUCAACAGUACUACCUUGCUAUUAUCAAUAAUGAUAUGCACGUGUCUGGAUUGAGGAUAAUAACACUUGGAAGUAAAAAGAAAGAAAGAACAACUGAAUAGAAUGAAUAGAUAGACGAACAAUUCUUUUUUAUUCUUCAUAUUUUAGGGGUGAGAAGCAGGGACUGCACGGGAGAGUGUAUAGGUCAAUUAUGACAAACCAGUUCUUUCGAAUGAAUCAGCUUGGUAAAGCCUGUUUAUUGUAGUUGUACAAUACAUUAUUUACUCUUGGAAUUGCUUAGUUGAUCAGAAAUCGCAAGACGGGGCUGUCCCUGUGGUGACGUGCAUAAAUUUGAGAACCGAAAACGAACUGGGAAAGAAAGGACGAUAAUUAAGACAGGAGAGCAAAAUAUACUGUUUUGUUUAUACUCUUUGAAAGGAUACUGAUGGUCUUUGGAAGGUUUUGCUGUAAGGGCUACAUGAUAAUGUUUGUAAAUGGUGUGUAAUGCCUUAUCCAGGCCAUUGUGCUCAGUAUCCUCCAUCUUAUAUGCAUUUAGUCCUGAGAUGAUUAUAUCAACUAGAAGUUGCUUUAGUUUACCCUAGAAGGAACGUCCUUUUAUAGGCAUUUUGCAUCCAUUCAUGUGAGGUUAAGUGUUUAAUGCAGCUCCAUGCCAAUAUAUUAGGUAGCUUUAUUUGCAAGCAUGACAAGUUCAUGUAUGCUCCAGAAUCAUGCGACUUAUGACAGGGCAAAAAAAAAAAAAAAAAAAAAAAAAAAAAAAAUUAUUAAUUGGGUGGAAGCUUUUUGUUCAGAAACAAUUUGUUUGAAACCUGACAGAUCACCAAUAUUGAUAUCAAAGUAUAUGCUCCAAAGAUGUUGUUUACCAAGAUUUAGGGAAACACCCGUGGGAACUACUAUCCUGCGGGUGGGUCACGUGAUCAACAGUCCCAGGGAGGAGUUACUACCCUUCCUGGCGAUCACGUGACCAUAUCUUUCAGUAAGAUUAAUAGGAUGCCACAGAUGUAGUUUUUCGUUAUGUCUUACGACAUUGUUCAGACUGUUUUGAGGUUUAUCACCUCUUAUGUUAUUUAGGCAUAUUGCCUCUGUGUUUUGAUGCCUCGUACGGAAUUAAACGGCGAGCAAUGGCA